CUGACACAAACCUUUUGUUCAUUUGUGGUUACAGUGCACAAAAAUGUAUGGAGGUGCCGCACACAAUGGUGCAGACUCGUUAAUUAGAACUUGUUGUUCUUAUCUCUUUUAGUGUCUGCAAAGUUUCCCUGAAGCGCUUCAGAUAGCGGAUGCCUGGACCCCAUGAGGAAAUCCUUGUCAGUGUUGCAAAAUAGCCUUUGACAAAAUGGGGUCAUUCACCCACGCCACUCUUUUGCCAAUUUGGAGUCGGGGUCUCAUGCAGCCUCAAUGCCAGAUGUGAAAGCUGCGCCAUGUGACCACUCGGCAGCGGGGCCUCCUGCCAGCUGCAGUAUUGAGCGAUGCCUGAGCGACCGGCCUGCACCUCUUUCCGCCAUCGGACCUCCUUUGCCAGUCUUCUCCACCUGUACCAGCAUGACUUGCGCUAGCCUGGGAGAUGGGCUGGAAGCGGGCAGUGGGGAGCCCAGCUGCCACCAUGGCUCCUUGCUGACCAGUUUUGGUCUGAGGUACUGCUCCACCAGCAGCAUGUAUCCAGUGAAUUACGUGGCUCCUCCGGCCCAGAAUGAGGGCGGCUCUUCCAUGCCCACGCCAGACGUGUGUGGCAGCAGUAGGAUGUAUCGGAGCAUGGAGAAUCUUCACUGGCCUCCUCUACACGACUCCAGGUUGUACUCCUUCAGUCCGCCAUACAAAAGCAUGGAAAGCGAAUUUAUUUUUCACUGCACGGCGACCAGUCACUGGUACAAUCCUCCAACAGAGGCCUCUCCAAUGGAGGGUCUUAUGUCCCCCUCUGAGGGGAUGCCGUUCUACCCCUGGAGACUUCCAGUGAAGAGAGAGCUGCCGGUGUUUGCCAGAGUACCACAGUGGCUCUUUCCCUCCGUCAACGAGAAGUUCAUGAAUGGUAAUGCCAAAAAAGAGCUGAAGGAGAAGUUAAAACUUCAGAGCUCCAGGGUGGCCGAGCCAAAUAAACCCCUGCGGCCUCAGGCCUUGGCAAGCGGUCCGGCUUCUUCAAAGGAUCGCUCUGAACACGGGCCUACCGAGAGCGGCUGCUCACUCCAUUACAGUGAUGCCCACCAGGCGCCACAUGGUUCUGAACAGUCCAUGGCACCAUUCAGCCGGAUGAGGGCCUCGAUUAUGCACAGAAUGACGAGCCCUGAGGAAAUCAAGCAGGAAGUGAUGAGGAGGCUGCAGCUCAGGCGACAGUCCAGCACCCCCAAUCUCCAUCAGCCCUCUAUGGAGGACUUGAAGCAGGUCUCGAAAUCUCAGACGUCUGAAUCAUUUGUGCGAGAAAGGAACAAAUUUGAGAGCAAAGCGUCGGAGGGGACCACCGACAGAAAGCGCCAGCCAAAGGGCAAACUGCAUAUCCCGUCCUUUGAGGAAUUCAAAAGAAUGAGAAAGAGAGAGAGCUGGCCGGUGGCACCUGCUGUGGACGAGACUCCGCCACGGGGCUCUACAGCCAAGGACAGCGACCUGCUAAAGGAGGACAGAGGGGCAACGACAAAAGACACGCCAAGCAUGGAGUGUGAACACCGAGGCUCUGAGACUCCGCCGAGUCCCAAGGCGGUCAGUGUGGUGGCUCCUGACAGCAGCAAUUCUAAUUUGGGCCAUUGCUUUGUGGACAAUAGUAGCCUGGCACCACAUUUAUGCACCCCAAUAUGCACAAGUCCGGUCCCCAGGUCACCCCUGCAGACUCUCGUCACACCCCAGGCAGGGGACACGGCUCAGAGCCUGAACACAACCCCAAAGAAGUGUGGCGCCAGCUUGGCUGUCCCCGAUCAGCCCCACCUCACUGAGGCACAGUUGUCUUGCUGCUCGUCUUUGUUGAUGGAGGCGACGGACCUUUCAAGCUACGGCGCGAAAAUCUCGCGAAUGAAAGAUGGAUUUAUUGACUCGGCCCUGGAUCUGAUUAAGAAAAGCUGCAGUGCAGAAAUUGCUGCUGUGUCCCCCGUCACAGUCUCACGUGACAUUGACAAAGCUGACAUCACUGCUCAAGAGGAAAGCAAUCAAUCCACUGCGGUUUCCAUGACAAUGCCGGCCUGCAGCACCGCGACUGAGACCAAAUCUCCGGGAGCUCAACCUGCCGUCUAUCCCCACUCAGGUUGCAGGCGGUCGAGCUCAGAUGCUGCCUACGACACGAGCGAGUCGAUGAAGGCGCAGAGGGAAUGUCGACUGAGGCCCCAUUUCAGUGAUCCCAUGCCAGCCGAUGCCAGCAAGAGGAAGCAGCUGGAGAUGAAAAUCGCGGCCGCGGCGCGGCUACACAGCCAGAGGCAACACCAUGACAAGGAGGCAGGCCCCACUAUCGCCAAGUCCAAGAGCCUCCAGCGCGGUGGUUCCGAGCCAAAGCCGGGAAAGAGCACAGGCAGUUCAGGCUGCCCACAGAAAGCGAAGCAACGCUGGAGCAAUUUAAGCUGCCUCAGCACUGACAGCGGCGUCGUGGGGAUGACCAACGAGAAGGACGAUGACGAAGAGUCGCAGAUUUUUCAGGAAGGGAAAUCGGCAGAUGUGGACCGUGUGGACAGUGGAAUUGGUCCAGCCAUUGCAAGAAACUGGAGGAACAAAGCCGUGGACGCUGUCGCUUCCAUCAAGGACUGGGACUCACGAAGGCCGUGUUCAGACUGCGGGGCGCAGGAUAUGCAGUGCGAGCCGCGGCUGGGUAGGAGGGACCACUUGUGUGAAAAGUGUGCAAAGCUGAGGACUGAGCGCAAGGAAGCCAUCUUAGAGUUCAUUAAUACCGAGUCGAGCUAUGGAGAGGACCUGAGGAUUAUAAGAGAGGAGUUUUACGUCCCAAUGCAGACCGCCGGACUCCUGACAUGUGACCAGCUGUCCGUGGUGUUCAGCAACGUGCAGGAGCUCAUAGAGGUGAAUGAGAAUUUCACAGAGGUUCUUCAGGACGCCAUCGAUCAAGCCUUUGAUCAGGGGGAUGAAGACCUUCUGACGGUGUGCAUCGGUGAAAUCUUUCUGGAGUUCGUUAACAUGCUUCCCGCAUUUCAGACGUACUGCCUUCAACAGUCUGCCUCCAUCAACAUGCUGAACACUCUGGAGAAGGAGAAAGAGCUGUUAAGAAUAUUUCUGGACGUCUCCCAGAAUGACAACACGGCUCUGCGGCGUAUGAACCUGAGGUCUUUCCUGAUGGCCCCUCUGCAGAGAGUGACCAAGUACCCUCUGCUGCUGAGCAGGAUCAGUAACGCCACAUCGGAGUACCACCCAGAACACAGCAGUCUGAGGGAGGCAAAGAGCCGCGUCGAGUCCCACUUGGAGCACAUCAACAUGAAGACCAAACAAGAAGGCAACUCGUGGUCACUGCGCUCUUUUCGCCGGGACAGUCGCAAGAAUCGGGAAGUGAUCAACAUUGAGAUGAGGGAAAUCUCCAUGAAGACUGUAGGCUGGCCUCGGGAGAACACCCGCUUUGUCAUGGAAGGCCUGCUGCAGUUGUCUCAGCCUGCUGAUGGCCAGUGGGUAAAAAAGGGGAGCAAAGCCUUAAAAUUCCAAAACAUGCAUGUCCUACUGAUGGUCAACAUGAAACGGACUUUUGAGGUGAGCCUCGAUGGGGCCGCCCUAGAGAACCUGGUCCAACAAGAACUGGUGAGGGACGCCGUGCUGGUCCUCUUUAAGGACAAAAGCAACGGAAAGUUUGCGGUUCUCCGGGAACCCAUCCACCUGAGUAACUGUGUGGUUUCGGCUGAUCCGGACUGUGACGACACUUUCGAGUUGCUGGAUAUCAGGCGGGAGGCCUUUGUCUUUCGCGCCGCAGAGAAAUCUCGGACUAACCAGUGGUUUCGACAAGUUAAGAGGUACUCCCGAGAGCUGGGCUCAUGGAAGAAACGACGCAACGCUCUGCCCAAUAUCAUGAUCAGCACAACUCAGAGUCGGUCUUAGGUGCAGGCCAUCAAAGCUUUUCUACUCUUCUGUGCGACUCGGACCCGCUUUGAUGUUUAGCACAUGUGCAGAUUGAGCGGCAGCCAUCUUUGCACUGGAAGCCCACAGGUGGGAAUGUUCAGGUGGCUUAAGUGAAUCAGGAUGAAGAAAAAAAAAAAAGAACCAGCUGAUAAACCACCUCAUGUUCUCUGUGGCCGGGCAGUGGGAAGUGAUGGAUCGGAAGUUUUCUCUUUGGUUCAGAACUAACAAUCGCUGAUCUCACUCACAUUACUGGCCAUUAUGCAGAUACACACUGUGGUAGCCUUCACACUGUUAACUCGGUGAAAACCGCAACCCGCUGAGGUUGUUUUGUAGCAUCCCAUCAUGCAUUACGACACAUUCCCUGGAUACAUCCCGUGAAUGUCUCGGUUGGCAUUUAUCACUGUGUGUGCGAGAGCAACAUCCAAAAACAAAGCAAUAAAAUGAAGAGUGUGUCGUGUGCACGCCGUUGCGACCCAGACAGUGUUGCGUGCGACGUGCAGGUUGUGUUUCUUUUCCUUUUUUUUUCUUUGCGCCGCCUUUUCCUUUAUUUUGCAGCAGUAAACGAGGCGCGUUUCAGAAGAGCGACAGGCACACACCGUCACAUCACGUCAGUAUUUCUACACUCUGGCAGCGGGGUUCUGUGGUAACGGUUAGCCAAUUCCUUCCUUUCACCGAACUCCAUCUUUAAUUAGCUGCCUUGUUUGCAGUGAUUCACUUUUGUCAGAAAAUUUACCAAAGAUUUUUUUGUCAUAGCUUUUAUGAACAUUUAUGUUUCGCAUUAAUUCUUUUCCGUAUUAGCCGUCUCUCUUCAUUAUCAUUCCUAUAAUCACAAGAGCAGAUACCAAGGUAGCACGUA